CACCAUAUAUCUCCAAUGGGCACAACGGCAUGAAAAAGAUCUUCAAUUAAGUAAGAUAAACAACAAAAUAUAUUGACAAUGGCUGUUGCUCCAUCAUCUACUGCUAAUACUAAUUGGCUUAUAAUUCAUCAUCAUCGUCACAAGCCACUUCCCAUUUCCCCAAAAUAUGUUUUCAUUAGGAACAAAUCCACCACUUGUAUCAGAGCCAUGUCACCACAGAAAAAGGAUAGAAGGCCAAUGCAGUAUAACCAACUUGGUGAUUCUGAACUUACUGUCAGUGAAAUCACUUUUGGCACUAUGACAUUUGGGGAACAGAAUUCCGAGAAGGAGGCUCAUGAAAUGCUCUCCUAUGCAUUCGAAAAUGGCAUUAAUACUUUAGACACCGCAGAAGUAUAUCCAGUACCAGCGAAAAAGGAGACACAGGGAUCAACAGAUCGUUUUAUUGGAAACUGGCUGAAAUCUCAACCUCGUCACCAGAUUAUACUGGCCACUAAAGUGGCUGGCUACUCAGAAAGAUUAAGCUACUUACGUGAUAAUGCAGAAGUUGUGAGGGUUGAUGCUGCCAACAUUAAAGAAAGUGUUGAGAAAAGCUUGAAACGUCUUAAUACUGAUUACAUCGAUUUAUUACAGAUUCAUUGGCCAGAUCGUUAUGUGGCUUUGUUUGGUGAGUUCUUGUAUGAUCCUUCAAAGUGGAGGCAAAGCGUGCCAUUUGUUGAACAACUCAGGGCCUUUGAAGAACUUAUCCAUGAAGGAAAGGUUCGCUACAUUGGUGUUUCAAAUGAAACUUCAUAUGGAGUCAUGGAAUUCCUUCAAGCUGCAAAAGAUGAAAGACUUCCAAAGAUUGUCAGCAUUCAAAACAGUUACAGUCUGCUAGUAAGAUGCAACUUUGAAGUUGAUCUUGUUGAAGUAUGCCACCCAAAUAAUGGCAAUAUCGGUUUACUUUGUUAUUCUCCCCUGGCUGCUGGAUCGUUAAGCGGAAAGUAUUUGGAUUUAGAGUCUGAAGCUGCUAAAAGGGGUAGGCUUCAGUUAUACCCUGGAUACAUGGAAAGAUAUAACAAAUCCAUUGCCAAGGAAGCAACGGCACAAUACAUUGAGAUGGGAAAGAAACAUGGACUCAGUCCAGUUGAGCUAGCACUUGGAUUUGUGAGAGAUAGACCAUUCGUGACAAGCACAAUCAUUGGUGCAACAUCUUUAGAACAACUAAAAGAGAAUAUCGACGCUUUCUUGACUACAAAGAGACCCUUGAAUCCAGAUGUGAUGGCGGAUAUUGAAACUAUAUUCAAGAGAUACAAAGACCCCACCAUCCUUUAGAUAUUGCAAGAUGAUCAAAAUGGAAUAAAAAUAGUUAAUAUGAUAAAGAUAAAUAAACUAUAUAGCAUUGGUGGAUUGCUCUUGUGUUUAGUUUGAAUUGAAUUGUAUUUUUUUUACUCGUAGUAAUUUUUUUGUAAAGUUUAAAAUAAAAGGUAUUUUAGCUAGCUUAUCUAUUUA